AUGGCCGGGCCAGCGGCUGCUGCCGCCGCUCACCCGGGAGCGGCGACUGAUGACUGGAGCGGCGACAGGAGCGGCGAGCGCCUCAUGGGUCAGUGGUGGGAUGUGGUCGCAUACGAGGCCGAAAAUGCUGACAAGGGAGGGAAUCAGGACGAGGUAGCGAAGCUGAAGGCCAAGUUGGAGCAGCUGGAGAAGGAGAAGAACUCCCUGAUAGGAGAGAGGCAAAACCUCAUGAAGAAAGACGUUCAAAGUCCUCCUCCCGCCUCUCAGUCUCCAGUACAGAAGGAGAAGCCCAUCACUGAUGUUUUCGGCACGAUACCCAAGAACAUGAACAUAAUCGUGUUCAGGGAAUCAUCAUCCACUAUCAUGUGGGGAGCUCUCUCUCCUACUCUCAUUGUGCUCUCCACCUCGUGCUUUCCUGCUCUCCUAUCGCUGACAUGCUGGGGGGGCUGGGUCAUUCAGUUCGCGUCCAUCUACGACGACGGUCUCAUCCUCUUCAAGAAGAAGCUUCUCGAUGCCAUCAACAACCAGGACUGGGACGAGGUGACGAAGCUUAGUGACGAUGGAGGACCUUUGGAUCAGCUUAUCUUCCAGCCUCUGUACUUCUGGGUCUCUACAAUUGGACCUGAUGCAGCACAGCAAGGAGACAAGCAGUACGCCGAAGCGCUCGAGGGCAUCUUCAAGGAGACAAAGGAAAAGGUCCUGAAGCUCAAGGCUGCCGCCAUCUACAAGGACAAGGCUGGAGCUCUGCAGCUAUGGGCUGACCUGAAGCUUCUUCUCAAUCGUUUUGCUCGACUAGCCAAUGAGAAGAUUCCCCAGGAUGUUCCACCAUUGGGAGAGAUUUGA